AUGGCAGAGGAGGGAGAAGAGAGCCCUGGCUUCCCUCCAGCCUCCAGCUCCAAUCGACAGCCUCCACAUUUUCUACAAGAUGUCAUCUUCCACGGCAAGUUUAAACUGCUGAAAGCUCUGACUCCAGAGGUGAACACCCAGUCCCAGCAAGGCCUCUACUUCCAGGACGGCCAGCGCCGUGUCGACUACGUCCUCACCUACCAUGUCAAGAAGCCCAGCGGGGGGCGUCACAGUCGACAGUCGGCCCGUCUGCUCACUGACAACGCCUUUGCCCGGAGCCUCCGCCGAGGCCCCCGAGCCCAUGACAAACACCGGCAGCAUUACGAAACAGAGGAGGGGGGAGACUCAUCGCCAUCCACGCCGUCGUUGCCGGUGGCCGACGUGGAGCUGGGAUGCCAGGGAGAGAGCCUGGACUACCAGGAGGAUGACAAGAGGUUCAGGAGAGAGGAGUUCGAGGGGAACCUCAGAGACAUGGGGCUAGAGCUGGAGAAGGACGAGGAUACCAAGACUCCAGGCAUUGGCUUUGUUAAGAUUCAUGCUCCCUGGAGUGUUCUCUGUCGAGAGGCCGAGUUUAUGAAGCUGAAGAUGCCAACCAAGAAAGUGUAUGAGGUGAAGCAGUCCAGCAGUGUUGUAGAAAAGAUCAACUCGUUGAUCAGUAAAGUUUCGGAGCCUCUCCACCCACAUGUGGAAGAAAGCCAAACCAAGAACAUCAAACACCUGUCGUACACUUUCUCCAGGGAAAAGCAACACCUGUUUGAUCUGUCAGACAAAGACUCCUUCUUCGACAGUAAAACCAGAAGUUCCAUAGUGUUUGAAGUAUUAAAACGAACAAAAUGCACAAAGGCCAAGUACAGCAUGGGCAUCACCAGCCUCCUGGGCAGCGGCGUGUACACUGCAGCCUACCCGCUUCACGAUGGAGAUAUUGACGGGGAGAACGUGGAGCCCAAUGACAGGAAGCUGCUGUAUGAGGAGUGGGCCAGCUACAGUGUCUUCUACAAAUACCAGCCCAUCGGCCUUGUCCGGAAGUAUUUUGGUGAGAAGAUUGGCCUGUACUUUGCCUGGCUCGGUCUCUACACCCAAAUGCUGAUUCCUGCCUCUGUAGUGGGAGUCAUUGUUUUUCUGUAUGGAUGCGCUACUGUUGACGACAACAUCCCCAGCAUGGAGAUCUGCCACCCAAAGAACAACAUCACCAUGUGUCCUCUGUGUGACCAAGCCUGCAGCUACUGGAAGCUGAGCACCGCCUGUGGGACAGCCAGGGCCAGCCAUCUAUUCGACAACCCCGCCACGGUCUUCUUCUCCAUUUUCAUGGCUUUAUGGGCGGCCAUGUUCAUGGAGCACUGGAAGAGGAGACAGAUGAGACUCAACUACGAGUGGGACCUGACCGGCUUUGAAGAUGAGGAGGAAGCUCUCAAGGACCACCCGCGGGCCGAGUACGAGUUUAAGGUCAUGCAGAAAUCCCUGAAGAAGGAGCACAAGUCGCAGCAGAAGACAGAAAAGGAGAAGCUGACAUGCCAGGACCGCCUCCCUGCCUACAUGACCAACAUUGUCAUGAUGCUGUUAAUGGUCGGUGUUACCUUUGCCAUUGUGUUUGGUGUGAUCCUCUACCGGAUCUCCACCAAAGCAGCUCUCCAUAUGAGCUCCAAUCCCAUCACGCGGAACCAUGUCCGGGUGACAGUCAAAACCACAGCAGCCAUCAUCAACCUGGUGGUCAUCCUCAUCCUGGACGAGGUGUAUGGGGCGGUGGCUCGGUGGCUGACGGUGUUAGAGGUUCCAAAGACAGACAAGAGCUUCGAGGAGCGUCUCAUCUUCAAGACCUUCAUUCUCAAAUUUGUCAACGCAUUCACACCCAUCAUCUACAUAGCCUUCUUCAGGGGAAGGCUGGUGGGCAGACCAGGUAGCUACCUGUAUGUGUUUGAGUCGUACAGGAUGGAGGAGUGUGCCCACGGGGGCUGUCUGAUGGAGCUGUGCAUCCAGCUGAGCAUCACCAUGCUGGGAAAGCAGCUCAUCCAGAACAAUCUGUUUGAGAUCGGAGUACCCAAGCUGAAGAAGCUGAUCCGUUAUAUCCGGUCGAAGCACGGGACUUUCCAGGAGGAGGAGCGGGAGAAGAAGCUGCAGAGAUAUGAGAUAGACCACUUCCUCGAACCAUUUGCUGGGUUGACUCCCGAAUAUAUGGAAAUGAUCAUCCAGUUUGGCUUUGUGACGCUGUUUGUGGCGUCCUUUCCCCUGGCGCCGCUCUUCGCCCUGCUCAACAACAUCAUCGAAAUCCGACUGGACGCUAAGAAGUUUGUGGCGGAGCUGCGGAGGCCUGUGGCAGCCAGAGCCAAAGACAUCGGAAUAUGGUACAACCUGCUGAGGGGGGUGGCAAAAGUGGCUGUCAUCAUCAAUGCCUUCGUCAUCUCCUUCACCUCAGACUUCAUCCCCCGGCUGGUCUACCAGUACAUGUACAGCCCCGAUGGCUCCAUGUACGGCUUUGUCAACCACACUCUGUCCUAUUUUAAUGUCAGCCACUUCCAGGAUGGCAAGGUGCCCAGGGACCCGCUGCACCUUGGUUAUCCAGUGGAGAUCUGCAGGUAUAAGGACUACAGGGAGCCUCCUUGGUCGGCCACUCCCUAUGAGAUCUCUAAGGAGUUCUGGGCCGUGUUGGCUGUGCGACUGGCCUUCGUCAUCGUCUUCCAGAAUGUGGUGAUGCUAAUGAAUGACAUUGUGGACUGGCUGAUCCCUGACAUCCCCAAAGACAUCAGCCUGCAGAUCCACAAGGAGAAGAUCCUGAUGGUGGAGCUCUUCAUGAAGGAGGAGCAGGGCAAGAUCCACAUGCUGGACAGCAUGACGUCUGUGGGAAGCAAGGAGAACAGCAGCAGCAGCAACAACCACAGCCCGGCGCCGCGGCCUCGCGCUGGACUGCACACCAACAACACCAACAGCUUCUGACAGCAGCAGCAGGAAAUCACAAACGAUUCCUAAUUGGCAAGCUAAUGCCUGUAUACUGGCAGGCCACCCUAGCCCAGGCCUCCCAGUAACACAGGCAACCAGACUGAGCAAAAUCUGUGUCCUUAUUCCAGAACAUUCCAACCAAUGGGAGAGCACAAUAGCUGUUAGAUUAGCCAAUCAGAGAGGAGCUUUUAAGGGGUUUUAACUCGUAGUGUCUGUCUUAGCUUACAUGUUUUCUCCACCAAUCCACACGUCACGGUUCAGUGCGUUCACACCCCGACUGCCAACAUGUUUAGCACUAUGAUGAUGCUACGGAUGAUAUUAUUAUGUAUUCUUAGCCAAUACCUAUUUUUCUAUGAUAAAGUCCAAUAGCACAACCCGGCCAAACUCCUCCUGUCUGUUGUUCUUCACUAAAUCUACCACCAGGCAGAGACUGGGAGUCAGAUGUGGGGGCACGCGUCCAGUAAGAAAUCACACCGAGCUUGACCACGAGGCUUUUCAGGGUCCACAAAAGUUUGAUCCAUAUUUAAUCUAAAGAAUUUCAAUUUCAGUUAAAAUACUUGGCAAGCCACUUCUUUAACAAAUACCUUUUAUACAGUUUUUUAACAUUGCAAAUAUUAGUAAAUGAGGCCAUGUUUCUCAUUCAGCAUUGGCUAAAAUCUGCCACUGCACAGUUACUGAAGAGAGAGGGCUUUUGUUCAAAUCCAGCAAAUCAUGGGCUGGUGGCCUGGUCUCAUGCUCCUCUCAUGUUCCUGAACGGCAGAUUACAUCUGAAACUCAAGAAAGUAAAAAUCAGGUCUGUAAAAUGUUCCAUCACGUAUUCUCCUAAGUAGCUCCAGCCUCCUGCUGGCCAUGUGCAGACAGGUGACAAAGGAAAUGCCAACACAGUGUCUUGGUCAGGUGUUCGGCCACCGGGAGCUUCAGCACGCCUCGACAUGGAGUCUACAGAUCUGUGAAACUCUGCUGGAGACAUGGAGCACCAUCCUUCCACGUGAUGCAAUACAUGGAGAUAUUCUGGUAGGCCUGCAGUGUGUGAAGCCCUCGUAAUGAGGACAAAUGCGCAUAUGAGAGUUCACUGGUGCAGAACCAUUGGCACUGGUCUAGAGAAAGGUUGGAGGCAGGUCUGUGGUCAGAUGAGUCAUCCUUUACCAUGUUCUCCACUAGUGGGUGGAAGCAUGUGUGGUGUCCACCAGGAGACGAGGUCUGGCUCUGUUAUCCUCUGGGCAACAUUUUCCACCUGUCCCCCUUUGUCCUGUUGGUAAAUCAUGAUGCUGUGGCCUUCACAUCCCACCCCAGCUGAGCAUGGGAGUGACAUAUUAGACUCUGCCAUCAUCACCACACCGAAUGAGGCGAUAUCUUUUGUAAGAAUGGAGCUCCAUCCCUCCAGCAGAGCUCCAGAGGCUCGGUGAGUUUCUGCUGAGGAGCCCUGAAGCUGCUCUGGCAGCUCAUGGUGGCCCAACACUUUUUUUCUUCUCAUAUUUAACAGGUGAAAAUUGGAGUUAUUUUAUCCUACGAUAUUAUAUUUUGCCUCUGUAAUUACUGUCAUUUCAUGAUACUGUACAAAACAAUAAUCAAAAACAACCACAGAUAGUAAAUGUAUACAUGUUUAUACCACCUGUAAACAUUUUGUUCCUCAGAAUGACCUGUUUCCUGUGUGUGAAACACUUUUUCACUUUUUCCCCAAUAUUUACCUUCUUAUAUCCAGUAUUUUCCUGCUCACAAUGCUCUGGUUGCCCUGCAGUAACCAGGUCACCCAACAGUCGCUGCUCAGCUUAUGAUUUACUUUCACAGUGAGAAAUAUCACUGGAGGUGUUUGGAGGUACAAAACAGACCCAACUGCCCCGCUGGGCCUGCUGAUGGCGCUAGAGAGAAAGCCAUGAGGUCAGCUAGAUGGCCAGGUUUCAUCCUCCAGUCAACAUGAAAACAGCCACCACUGCCACUGUUACAUUAUUUUUUGAGAUUAGAGCUCAGGAUUAAAAAUUUCAUCCUCUAGGUAAUGUGAAUGAUGGAAAAUUCAUAGCGAUCUAGCAAAGAGAUGUGGACGUACGCUGCUCUGGACAAGCCUGAUGUUCAGACUGAAUGACCAUUCCAGUUCCACUCCAUUAUUCAGUCUGAAACUGCCUGACCUCUGCAGCUGCAGGGACGUGAAACCUGCUGAACAGUCACAGUGACAGGUGGACCCGCCCACUGUGAUGCUGCGUUCCCCAGCUCACGGUGCUGUUGCAGCCUGUCUUAGCAAUGCUGACGCUCACUGCCAUUUAUGCCAAGUUAGCCUGCUGGUGAAAGCGGUUAUAACAAAUUACAGUUCUGUGUUGCCAAAAAGCCGAAUGAAAAACAUGGACAACUCAGUGAAGUUGGGCUCAUUCUAACUGUGGGUCCUCUCCAGCAGAAAGGUUGAACCAAAACUUUAAUCCAAUUCAACUUAAGGAGACAAAGCCCUUCAGACACAAACAUCCUCCCAUCUUCCCCUGCCGUUGCCCUGCUGUCACUGUUUUUACUUCUCCAUUUCAAAUGAUGUCAGCAGCAGCGUCUGUAACUUCACUGUCCAUGUAUUGUCUGGUGUUUAGAGCGGAGUUUAAUUUGGACAAACAGGGUGAAUGUGGAGGAUCUCCAGCGCCCCCGCUGGUGGGGAUGGGGUUUACACCGAUAACACGGCUGGGUUCUUACAGUAAAUUUUCACCUCGUGCCACUUUAAUGAGACUUACUAGCACCUCCUUUUUGUCACAACAUUGUCACCUGAGCGCCCUAAAAUUAGCCGCGGCGUGCCUCCAUCAGCUGACUCCUGCUCCUCCCUGCCCUCCUCGUCAGACGGAGCGUGCUCCUCCUCUCCAGGAGCCACAGUCACACCAGGAGCUCAGCUUAAAACCAACAGUCCACUGCCUUUUCCCAGACAGGAUGGAAACCACAUGGGUUUAGCUGCUCCUCUCUGUCUAGAUCUGAAGCAUCAGCUUAGACAUUUCUAUCUAAAUAAUAAAUACAGGAUAUUUUUCAUAUGUUAAUGCUUUGAUUACAUUUUCUUUAUUUAAGUUUUGGAAUUUAAAAUACUGUCACUUAACGAUUAUGCCUAUAAUAGACUUGGGGAUAUAAUGAGAUCCGUUUUUAGCAAAUGUUUUGUUCUUUUUUUUUUUUAAUAGAUGAUGUGUAAGAGGUGACUGGGUGGCAUUUUGUUUUCAGUGUCUGUUGAGUUUAUGUUCAGGGUUCAGGGUAAGCGCUCACGUUGAUCAGAGGAACAGCAGAGAGGAUGUGACCGGCUGCCUGGUUUGGUGGUUCGGUCUGAGCCGGGUCCUGGAGCCGAGCUGCAGACCGGCUCCCUGAGGGUUAGAAGGAGUCGGUGUGGAAAGUGAAUGAAUGAAUGAACAUAGUGAACAUGUUGAGGCUCCACAUGAUGGACAGACACCACAGGGGCUCAAGCUUUACUUGUUUAUCUUUACUUUUUUAAAUACAAGUUUCCUGUCAGCUAAUGUCUUAAUCACAGCCUUCCCAUGUAUCUGAAGAGGAAACUGGCUCUGAUUUUCAACUUAGAGUUCACUUUUUUUUUUUUUUCAUGACCCAUUCUGUUAGGAAUCAUAUUUUACUGGAUGCUUUGUAAAUGCUGCCUCUCAAAACGCCGCUGCAUCUGCAAAGUUUAAUAACAGCAUUUUGUAACUAUUCUUUAUUUGGGCUGUUAGUCGUCUGAAAAAGACCAUUUCCAUCCUGCCGUCAUCCUUCCAUCUGCUGGACACACAAACGUCCCAGUGCUGGUUUCUCUGUUCCAACCACCACUGCUCUCUCUGCCUCCUCUGUGUCCAGCUCAUGUAUUCAUCAGUGGAUGUUAACAUUUCAGAUUAGCAUUAUAGUCUACUGUACUGAGAUUCUGUAGUAAAAUGUGUAGGAGAUAAAAGCCGAUUCUGUUUUGAUGUGUUGCUGAGUAAAUAAUGAAAUAAAAAUUAAUG